UGCAGUUGUUGUUAGUUCUUCCAGCGCGAUCAUUGCUGAGCUUCUCAGUUCUCAACUUACUUAGCCACAUUUGCAGUGGUGUUUGCCGUUUGGGCUCUAAAGGAUUAAAAAGUGCAAAGCGAACUCAUGUUCAAGCUUAUUCUGCUUUGCGCUGCGCUGAGCAUUGCCUAUGCUGGCGUCAUUGGGCCUGGAAAUUACUAUGGCGGACCGGCAGGACCGUUGCACAGCUAUGCGGGCUAUGGUCUACAUCAUGCAGCAUAUGCGGCACCAGCUCCAGCUCCAGCUCCAGCUCCAGCUCCGAAGCCCGCUGCACCGGAGCCAUAUGAUGCUGAUCCCAAGUACUCCUUUGGCUAUGACAUACAGGACGGCUACACUGGCGAUCUGAAGAGCCAGCAUGAGACACGUCAUGGCGAUGUCGUCAAGGGCAGCUAUUCCGUCGUUGAUCCAGAUGGCACCAAGCGCACUGUUGACUACACUGCAGAUCCGCAUCAUGGUUUCAAUGCGGUUGUGCGCAAGGAGCCGUUGGGCUAUAAGCAUCUACCAGGCCCAGCACCUGCACCGCCAUUGCCACCAGUGCCCAAAACACCGCUAUCGCUGCUCUCUUAUCCGCUUGCCUAUCGUCCAGAGCCAGCGCAUGUGCCUGCUCCGCCCGCUCCGGCUCCAGUGCCCGUCGCCAUUUCAGCGCCCGCUCAUUUACCCGCUCCACACUUCCAUGCUGCUUAUCCCGCCUUAGCACAUAGCCCCUAUGCACAUUAUCCUGCUCCUGCUGUUGAUCCCCAUGCCUACUAUCAUCACUGAGUGCCCGUUACUUGUUUACUUGGCAACUAGAAGGCGAUCUCUUUCAACUGUCUAUAUCUUUCUCUCUAUCUAUAUCUUUACUCCUAACUUGUAUUCGCUGCUUUCAGUAUCUUUCUUGUGGUAUUCGUCAUUGGAUGUUGGUAAUACGCUAUAAGUUCAAGUGUAAAAUAGAAUAGGUGAAUAAACUUGAGAA